UUCCUCUUCCACCGUUCUCUCGCUUCUUCUCCUUCUUCUUCUUCCAUCAAAUCAAUCAAAGAUGGAUUCGCUGACACUCUUCUGUACGGCGGGUCUUCUCGCCGGCGGCCUCUACUGGUUCGUAUACGUUCUGGGCUCAGCCGAGCAGAAGGGGAAGCGUGCCGUAGAUCUCUCCAGUGGUUCAAUCUCUAGGGAGAAGGUUCUUGACAAGUACACGCAGUAUUGGACUUUCUUCCGCCGACCCAAGGAGAUCGAGAAGGCGGAGAAGGUACCAGCCUUCGUCGACACCUUUUACAACCUUGUGACGGACAUCUACGAAUGGGGAUGGGGACAGUCCUUCCAUUUCUCCCCUUCCAUUCCCGGCAAGUCUCACAAGGAAGCCACCCGUCUUCACGAAGAGAUGGCCGUGGAUCUGCUCGAGGUUAAGCCAGGAGAUCGUAUUCUCGAUGCCGGCUGCGGCGUCGGUGGUCCUAUGCGUGCCAUCGCCGCUCAUUCCCGUGCCAAUGUGGUGGGUAUCACCAUUAACGAGUACCAGGUGAAGCGCGCUCGGAUGCACAACAAGAAGGCCGGUCUCGAUUCGCUCUGCGAGGUCGUAUGCGGAAACUUCAUGGAGAUGCCCUUCCCGGAUAACAGUUUCGAUGGGGUUUACUCGAUCGAAGCGACCUGCCAUGCUCCCAAACUGGAGGAGGUGUACGCGGAGAUCUACAGGGUGUUGAAGCCUGGAUCAAUGUACGUGUCUUACGAGUGGGUCACAACCGAUAAGUACAAGGGGGAGAACCAGGAGCACGUUGAGAUCGUUCAGGGGAUUGAGAGAGGAGAUGCGCUGCCUGGGUUGAGGAGGUACGAUGAGAUUGCGGAAAUUGCGAAGAAGGUUGGAUUCGAAGUGGUGAGGGAGAAGGAUCUGGCGAAGCCACCAUCCAAACCCUGGUGGCAGAGGUUGAAGAUGGGGAGGAUCGCUUACUGGAGGAACCACCUCAUGAUUACGGUGCUCUCUUGGGUUGGGAUCGCACCGAAGGGAGUCGUUGACGUCCAUGAGAUGCUUUUCGAGACCGCCGAUUACUUGACCAGAGGUGGGGAGACUGGGAUUUUCACUCCGAUGCACAUGAUCCUCUGCAGGAAGCCCCAGUAGGUUUGUUUCUUAUAGAUUAACCAAGCAAUUUCCAAUCUUGCUAGCGAAAGGGGGGAUUAUUACAGAUGGAGGUACCGUUGCCCUGUUUCUCGUUCGUCCUCCCACCACCACAUCUUUCCCUUUUUUGUGUUAAUUUAUUUCAUUAUUAUCUUGAAUGUAGUUCUUCUUCUUCAUCUUCAUCUUCAUCUUCUUUUGGGUUAAUUUUGUGGAUGGAUUUCUUCUUGGUUUUCUACUGGUUAUGGAUGUGGUGGAGGGUGAGCAACGGAGAAUUGAACUGAACU